UCGAAAAGGAACCAGCACAGGCAGGGCAGGAAACCACAAUUCCCAGAAUGCACUUGACGUUAACUGUGGAAAGGGGGAAGGGAAACUGAGAUUGGAGGGAGAGAAACUGAGAUAUCCAUGACAACCAGUUUGACAUACCAUGUCAUGAGUGCCCCCUAUUGGUUGGAUCUUGUCAAGGGGAAGGCACACUUCACCAAGACUCACACCACCUUGGUUUGAGCAUUGUUAUAUUGUGGAUGUGAGGUGCCAACAUUGAGUGUCAAAGCAAUGAAGCAGCUGGGAAAGAGAGAGGCCACCCUAGAUCAGCAGUGUCCAAACCCAGCUCUACAGCCCCUCUAAUGGGGCAGGAUGCAAAACAAAAUGUAUUCAAUGAGAUCUACCUGUUGACUACUCUGGACCGAGAGAGCGAGAGGAAGGAAGAGGACGUUUGACAAGUAGUAUUUGUGGAAAGGGACACAGCAGACAUGGGGGUCUUCCCAAUACCUCUUCUGACUGCCUCAUUCUGGGGGGAAAGGCUUUAAAGGGUAGAACAGGGAUUACAGAGUCACACACAGACACACACACUCAUGCCAUGGAAGGGGACAGUGGUGUCACAGCACACACAGAGGGUCUGAAUGGUGUGUUCCAUCAUGAAUGUAAAGAGACAGAGGAGCUAACCAAUGGCCACUCCAACCACAAACCUGUGAUGAAUGGACUGACGCCAGGUCAUAGUGUCAAAGAGCACGGCAACAGUAGUUCAGUGCUCAAAUCUCUGCCAAUUUCAGCUCUGAAGCAGAAUGGCCUUCUGCAGUCCCUGGCAGCAGGAGGAAAGCAACCCAAGACAGAAAGGGAGAGUGCGGAUGUGGAGCAGGCUAGAGAGGAGUGGGAGGCUCUAGAGAGUAUCCAACCAGUGGUCAGUGAGGAGUCCAGUCCCACCCCUCUCAUCUCCUUUAACGAGGCGCUGCAGCACUUCCAGACUACAGACCUUGGAGAGCUGCUGAAGAAGAUCCAGCCCACCAUUCGCAGGACGGGUCUGGCCACUUUCACACACUUCCUGUUCGGCCCGCCGCGACUUCACCGGGAACUACUGGAGGAGAGGGACCUGGUCUUUGCCAUCGCACAGUGUUCUCUGGAUAACAGUCAGGCUGUACACCUGCGUGUUCUACAGACCAUCUAUAAGAGGCUGACAGGCAGUAAGCUGGACUGUCCUCGGUUCGGCACACACUGGGAGAAUGUGGGCUUUCAGGGUACGGACCCAGCCACAGACCUGCGUGGUACAGGUUUCCUGGGGCUGAUGCAUGCCUUGUACCUGGUAAUGGACCCUGAGACGCUGCCUUUAGCCAGAGACAUCUUCAAGCUGUCCCAGCACCCCACACAGAACUUUCCUUUCUGUGUGAUGUCCAUCAAUAUGACCUGUAUCGCCCUGCAUGCACUCAGAGAAGAGGCCCUCUCCAAGGAGUGUAACCGUCGACAGCAGGUAGUGGGGGUGUUGAAUGAGUUCUACGUUGCCACGUUCCUGCACCUCUACCAGCUGUGGAAGAGCCAGCAGAAGACCAUCUCUGACUCCGGCUUCGUUCUGAAAGAAGUGGAGCUGUUUGCCAAAAAGAACCCCAAGCAGAUGCUGCGUCGACUGGACGUCUUCUUGAGGGAGAGGACGUACCCGGAUCCCACGGCCCAGCGACCCUCACCCUGCCUGGGGGGGAGAGGGGCCAGGUCUGAGGGAACCAGGGGCAAGGAGAUGCACUUCACUGGAGUGUGUGAGCUACCACUAAACAUGGAGGGAGAGGCCAGGCUCAUCUGACACACAGAGAGUCUGUGUGUACGGCUAGACUAGUCUGAGCUAGAGAGAGAGUGUGUUUGUGUCAGUUGAAUGUGUGUAGGGACCCCACCAAGCUUUGACCCACUCCCUGCGGUCCUUUCCCAUUGAUGCUGUAAAACUGCUGUCAGAACAGUUUGUAUGGAGUCACUGACUCCUCUCCCAACAGAAGUACUUGUCGGUGUGGCAUGGGACUGAUGGAUGAAUAGAAGAUGUCAUUAAAUAGAGAGAGAGAGAAUGAAAGGUUAGCGUUUCAAGGACUGGUGUGGGUGCAGGCUUUGCUCCAGACAAGCAGUAGCACACCUGAUUCUACUAAUCAUCCAAUCAUAGUUGGUUUAUUGAGGCUAAAUCAGAAGCUGCCAAACCCCAGGGCUUCUAUCUGUCUGCAGCCCUAGUAGAGUUUUGGAAGGGUGUAGGGUCAUUGACUGUCUUCUACUGUCAGCAGAACUGUGUGUGCGUGCACUAGGUAUGGAGAUUAAGGUGUGUGUUGGCUAUUGGGAGUUGGAACAGUGAGGCCUGUGUUUCUGUAUGUUGUCAGGUCGAUAUGUGUGUGUCUGGGUUCGGAUGGUUCUUGUCCCAGUGCAGGUUAAAUAGGUAGUGUGUGUGUCUGUGUCUGUGUCUGGGUCUGUCUGGGCUCGGAUGGUUCCUGUCUGUCCCAGUGCAGGUUAAAUAGGCUGAUGUGUGUGUGACUGGGCUCGGAUGGUUCCUGUCCCAGUGCAGGUUAAAUAGGCUGAUGUGUGUGUGACUGGGCUCGGAUGGUUCCUGUCUGUCCCAGUGCAGGUUAAAUAGGCUGAUGUGUGUGUGUCUGGGCUCGGAUGGUUCCUGUCUCAGUCCCAGUGCAGGUUAAAUAGGCUGAUGUGUGUGUGUCUGGGCUCAGAUGGUUCCUGUCUCAGUCCUAGUGCAGGUUAAAUAGGCUGAUGUGUGUGUGACUGGGCUCAGGUGGUUCCUGUCUCAGUCCCAGUGCAGGUUAAAUAGGCUGAUGUGUGUGUGACUGGGCUCAGGUGGUUCCUGUCUGUCCCAGUGCAGGUUAAAUAGGCUGGUGUGUGUGUCUGGGCUCGGAUGGUUCCUGUCUCAGUCCCAGUGCAGGUUAAAUAGGCUGAUGUGUGUGUGUCUGGGGUCGGAUGGUUCCUGUCAGUCCCAGUGCAGGUUAAAUAGGCUGAUGUGUGUGUGUCUGGGCUCGGAUGGUUCCUGUCAGUCCCAGUGCAGGUUAAAUAGGCUGAUGUGUGUGUGUCUGGGCUCGGAUGGUUCCUGUCUCGGUCCCAGUGCAGGUUAAAUAGGCUGAUGUGUGUGUGACUGGGCUCGGAUGGUUCCUGUCUCAGUCCCAGUGCAGGUUAAAUGGGCUGAUGUGUGUGUGUCUGGGCUCGGAUGGUUCCUGUCUGUCCCAGUGCAGGUUAAAUAGGCUGAUGUGUGUGUGUCUGGGCUCGGAUGGUUCCUGUCUGUCCCAGUGCAGGUUAAAUAGGCCCAGAGCCCCUAGUUGUUUGGGGGAUAUAUUUUUUAAUAAUUGAAAAACUAUUUUAGUCCUUUCCUAAGGGAUAGAUGCCAUAACAAUACAUGAAAUACUGUAAAUGAAAAUGAUAUAUUAUAUUAUGGAUAUAGCACUUGAUGAUAGUGGCAGAAUGAGAGGGACUUCUUCUGCUAAGAAACUCAGGAAGACGAUGAUUCCCUGUUCCCUGUAUAGAGUUCUACUGUUGACCAUCUUCCCUGUAGUGAAUAGGGUUUUACUUAGUGAAUAGGGUUUUACUUAGUGAAUAGGGUUUAAUGUAGUUUAUAGGGUUUUACGUACUGAAUAGGGUUUUACUUAGUGAAUAGGGUUUAACGUAGUUUAUAGGGUUUUACGUAGUGAAUAGGGUUUUACUUAGUGAAUAGGGUUUAAUGUAGUUUAUAGGGUUUUACGUAGUGAAUAGGGUUUUACGUAGUGAAUAGGGUUUUACGUAGUGAAUAGGGUUUCACGUAGUGAAUAGGGUUUCGCGUAGUGAAUAGGGUUUCGCGUAGUGAAUAGGGUGUUGCGUAGUGAAUAGGGUUUUGCGUAGUGAAUAGGGUUUCGCGUAGUGAAUAGGGUUUCGCGUAGUGAAUAGGGUUUUGCGUAGUGAAUAGGGUUUCGUGUAGUGAAUAGGGUUUCGCGUAGUGAAUAGGGUUUCGCGUAGUGAAUAGGGUGUUGCGUAGUGAAUAGGGUUUUGCGUAGUGAAUAGGGUUUCUCGUAGUGAAUAGGGUUUUGUGUAGUGAAUAGGGUUUUACGUAGUGAAUAGGGUUUUGCGUAGUGAAUAGGGUUUCACGUAGUGAAUAGGGUUUCGCGUAGUGAAUAGGGUUUCGCGUAGUGAAUAGGGUUUUGCGUAGUCAAUAGGGUUUCGCGUAGUCAAUAGGGUUUCGCGUAGUCAAUAGGGUUUCGCGUAGUCAAUAGGGUUUUGCGUAGUCAAUAGGGUUUCACGUAGUCAAUAGGGUUUCACGUAGUCAAUAGGGUUUCGCGUAGUCAAUAGGGUUUCGCGUAGUCAAUAGGGUUUCGCGUAGUCAAUAGGGAUUUCACGUAGUGAAUAAGGUUUUACGUAGUGAAUAGGGAUUUCACGUAGUGAAUAAAAGUUUUACGUAGUGAAUAGGGAUUUCACGAAGUGAAUAGGGUUAUACGUAGUGAAUAGGGUUUCGCGUAGUGAAUAGGGUUUUGCGUAGUGAAUAGGGUUUUGCGUAGUCAAUAGGGUUUCACGUAGUCAAUAGGGUUUCGCGUAGUGAAUAGGGUUUCGCGUAGUGAAUAGGGUUUUGCGUAGUGAAUAGGGUUUCGCGUAGUCAAUAGGGUUUCGCGUAGUCAAUUGGGUUUCGCGUAGUGAAUAGGGAUUUCACGUAGUGAAUAAGGUUUUACGUAGUGAAUAGGGAUUUCACGUAGUGAAUAGGGUUAUACGUAGUGAAUAGGGAUUUCACGUAGUAAAUAGGGUUUCAUUUGAGAUGAGCAUUUAGACUGGUCAGUCAAGCCAACAGCUAUUGGCUGGUUUAGUCUGAUCAGUGAUAGAAGUCGUCUGGGAGGUUUUCUACAUGCAUUCCGUUACAGAGCAUCCAACUGGAGUUGAUUGACCAGUGCCAGAGUAAUGUCAGUCGUGUGUGUUAUCUGACUCAAUCGAUAGUGCACACAAAUUACACACGUGCCUUCCUAAAGGUUAGUGUCCAGAGAUGAUCUUUUUCUAAAUGAUAAAUUGAUAGUGAUGAGAACAGUUGAAGGUGUGUCUCUAUGAAGGUGCUAAGUAAGCAAUCCCAACUCUGUCAGAGAUCACAAUAAUAAUACUGGUGUGUGUGUGUGUGUGAUGAUACAGUAUGACAGGGGAGCGUACCUCUGCAGUCACACUCAGUAGCAUGUUCAGGUAGCACCGGUACUGUAGCUUCCUUGUUGUUUUACCUUGCUUGUAAAGCUUGUUUCUCUUGGUCAUGUGGUCUGAUUUACAGUCUUUUAGCGUCGGUGCUGUUACUACAGUACAAUCACAACAUCCCCUCCACAACAGACAUGUAGUUAGUAGAGCUACUCAGUGGAUCCAUGUUUUGUGAGGUACUUGUAGAUCUUCAGUAGCCGGUUCUUAAAUAUGAUCUUUGUCUUCUGGGAUGAAAGCAGAACAAGCAGGAGGGUCCUCUCUCUAAGAGCAGAUCAUCAGGUUGGAUGUAUCACUGGGUCAGGGGUUAAAGUGUACACAUCUAGAAACAUGAUAUAAACAUCUAUAGGUGUGGACAUGAUCAGCUACAAUAUGUAGCCUAUCUUGUCUUAUUGGGUUAUUUACAAGCACAUCACUAUCCACAUAUACCCCCCAUUUUCAAAAAAGUUUUUUUGUUGCCAAGUGUAAGUGUUUUUGUUAGUCAGCUAAAUGUGCACUCUUCUAGAAUGCUGGAGGUGUGUACAGUGUGAGUGUUGCUAGGUGACUAUUAGGCUUUGUCUGUGUUGUAUUUUUAACCGACCUCGAAAGAACAGGGCCUCUAUCUCUGCAGCUAUAAUCUCAUCAUAGCCCUUGUUAAUCUGAAACAUUUACUCAAGUAAUGUAAUUUAACUGAACCUGUAUUUCAGAUUGGGAAGAUACACAAAGUUAUUUUAUUUUUGCAGAAGUGCUUGUUCCAGUUUGGUGUGUGAAUCAUGAAGUACAAAAGGUGAUUGUUACUGUGUGAUUGUUAGUAGGGUAUUCUAUUGAAAUCAGUCAGAUUUAUUUAUAAAUAAAGCAAUUUUUACAUCAGCAGAUGUCACAAAGUGCUAUACAGAAACCCAGCCUAAAACCCCAAACGGCAAUUAAUGCAGAUGUAGAAGCACGGUGGCUAGGAAAAACUCUCUAGAAAGGCAGGAACCUAGGA